GAAUAGCAUGGAAUCGCCAGGGAGGUAGAGGGCUUUGUCGUUGCCUGCCACCAGCCCCUCAUCCUCACCGCUUCAAGAUUCGAGGGCCGGACACUGCUCGCUUCGCCUCCAGAACUCCACAGCAGCAGCACCUCACUCUGAAUCCGGCGAUAUGUCGAAAAAGGUCGUUGCAAUCGCCGCUGGGGAAGCCCAUACACUCGCUCUCAGCGGCGACGGAAACGUGUACUCGUGGGGAAGGGGGACGUUUGGGCGGCUGGGAACCGGGAAGGAGGAGGACGAGCUCUUCCCGGUCCCCAUCGCCUUGGGAGAUGCUUCGAAGAAGAAGAGGAGUUCUUUGGAGAAUGGACAGAUAGGGCGGCUGAAAUUUGUGGGAGUCGCUGCUGGUGCUUACCAUAGCCUCGCCUUGGAAGAUGAUGGAUCACUUUGGUCAUGGGGCUACAAUACCUAUGGCCAGCUUGGUCAUGGUGAGGAAAAUUCCUCGGUUCCUUGUCUGAUAGAGCGCUUCCAGGAACUGGGUUCUCCUGACUCUUUGGCAGGAGAAUCAAACAUAGACGGUGAAAGGACUCCAUUGAAGAUUUGUUCUGUCAAAGCUGGUGGAAUGAUGUCACUUGCCAUAGAUAGUCUGGGGGCUCUAUGGAUGUGGGGAAACUGCCCCCAGCCAACUGAUGAAGGGGGAUUCCGCCAGGUUAGUAGUUCUGUUCCGCUUCCUGUAUGGGAUUUCCAUGGCCACACUGUUGUUAAGGUGGCAUGUGGAAACGAGCAUGUGGUAGCUGCGGUUACUGCUGGAGAAACAUAUGCAGGAGGUGACCUGAUAUGCUAUGCCUGGGGCAGCAAUAGCCAUGGUCAGUUAGGAUUAGGUGACAAGGACAACAGACCACGUCCUGAAGUCAUUCCCACAUUCAACGAGGAGUCUUUUUGGGCUGUCUAUGAAAUUGCCUGUGGAGCUUUUCACACUGCUGUCCUAACUCAUAAGAAGUCAUAUGACCAGGAGAUAGAAUCAAAGUGCUGGACAUUUGGCCUUGGUGAAAAUGGGCAGCUUGGUCAUGGGACUACCAACAGCGCAAGCUUGCCAGAACCUGUAGAUGGUUUACCACAGGAUGCCUUUCUGAUUUCUCUUGAUUGUGGCCUUUUUCACACGUCUGUUGUCUCUUCAGCUGGAGAUGUAUGGUCUUGGGGGAUGGAGAAAGGUCUUGGGCUAUGCCCAGAUGCUAGCUUUACUGGAAGAGAUGCGGGGGAUGCACUCUCUCCCAUAAGGAUUCCAGCUCCUGAAACAAAUGGAAUCAGGUUCCCAGGUGCGGUGCAAGUCGCCUGUGGAGCAGCUCAUACGGUUCUUGUUGCUGGCGAUGGGUAUAAGCUUUGGGCUUGGGGUAGAGGCCGGAGUGGUGUACUAGGGACAGGCCAGACGGCUGAUAGUUUUGUUCCAUGUCUUGUGAUGUGGCCUCCUCUCGAUGAGGAUUUCAAGGAGGUCAGAGGGGUAAGAAACAGCAAAACGGAUGCUAGAGGUGAAGUUGGACAGACGGGGGAGAUGGAGCAGAGGUUGUCUAGAGCAAUGGAAGAGAUACAGAACCUGCAGUCGAAGCUGACAAUCAUGGAGCGAUAUGCUACCGUGCUGCAUGUUUCAAUCUUUCGAAAGCCUCUUGAUGAGCGAAACCUUCCACAAUCAUUGCACGACUCAGGUGUGUUUGAUAUUAGAAAGGAAUUGGAGAAUAUGAUGGAAGCAGCGGACACUGAUGAGCUUGCUCGAAUGGAGAUGUUCCACCGAAGCAUGCUUUCAAGUGUGAAGGACAAACUGAUGAAAAGAAAAGUACAAGAGAUGGUCAAAGAGUGUCUUCGUUCUUUAUCCACCGGGGGACAUGCUUACUAAAAUCAAUACAUCAAUCAUAUAAGCAAAAUAUAAGGAGCUCCUUUGUUGUAGAUGUGAAAUAAAUGACUGUUGGUAUGAUAGUUGAUAAAUUUGCAUAUUUAUGCUAUUUGCUUGUCAUAUAGAGUCCAUGAUUGCAACAGAUCCAUCGUAAUUUUUGCUCUUUGGAGAUUGGUUACAA